AUGUCUUUCCCAUUUGCCCUGUUAGAGCAAGGGAACCUCUUUCUCCGUCGCACUAAGCCCGAACCACCUCCUCCAUCACAGGCUGAGGGCGUCCUUGCGCAGACAACAAUUGACGAGAUAGCUGCUAGGGAGCUCAAAGAUAACCAGAACAAUCAGGAUGGCGACGACUACAAUGGGCUGUAUAGUAGUGACGUCGAGAUCUUCGAGGAACAUGUUGACGGAACAGAAGUUAUGAUCAACGCUCGCGGUCGCGGCAACGAAGUCCAAAACACAACCGCCAGCAACAUCGACGAGGUCAGCGAUGGGGAUAGUGCCUUUAAUGACCAUACUCCAUCCAACAUGCACCAAGAUGGGAUUCCAAAUCAGAAUGAUCGUAUCCAGAUUCGUGAUCACCAUCAGAAUCUCCCGAGAAGACAAGAAGAGCUGGUAGCACAUAACAGGGACGAAGUCGAUGAAAAACCGGAGAACGAAAUUAAAUUUGAACCCACUGCGGGCAACUAA